AUGUCAGGCCAGCCCUUUGCGUUCCCUCCUCCGCCUCCACCUCCUCCGAAGCGAUCGGAAGGCGUUUAUCAGCAGAAUCAACCCUUUCAGGAUAGUAGGGGGCCAUCCAGAGGUGGUUAUCCCCACAGAGGACACACAAGAGGCGGCCGCGCGGGAUAUGGAAGUCAUCGUCCAGGACCGACUACGUCGUCCCCGGUGUACGGUCACGAUCGGCUACAGAGACCCUUGAAUCAUGGUCCGCAAAGAGGCAGCUUUCUCAACGGCCCGCAGAAACGGGAUCACAGCACUGCAUUUGCCUCCGGGCACCAACAUCGCCCACGUCCUACGGCUGCACCCGCGGUGCCUAGUUUCAAUGCCUCGAUCGAACACCUGCUGGGACGCAGACCGUCUCUCGACCAAACCAGCCAGAAAUCACCCGAGCCCAAAAAAGCAGAGCCCCGAAAACAUAAUGUUCUCGGGUUAACUCCUGCAAAAUUUGACCAAGAUUCCGACCAGGAGGACGACGAAGAUGAAGAACAGCGUCUGGCGAACAAAGCGUCGUCGAGCGUGGCAGGCUACAUCUUUGAAUACAACGGAUCCCCUCUCACUCUCCGGACCCGAGAAGAGAUUCUGACAUGGCUUGCCGAAAGAAGACGGCGUUAUCCCACUCAAGCGCGGGUGGCGGCAGCGAAGAAGGAGGCGGAAGAGAAGAAGCGAAAAUGGGAGGAGGAGCAGAAGGCGAAACGGGAAGCCAGAAAAGAAGCCAUGGCCAGAAGAGAACAAGAGAGAGCCGAAAGACUCAAAGUCAAUGAAAAAGCGAAACACCCACGCCAUCAGGAUCGGCUUGUUCAGAGAGACGAGGAGACAGCAAACACAGACGCUGCCGCUCGAGCGAAAUUGAAGGCCGACAAGCUACGCAAGAGAGCUCUCGAAGCACAACAGGAACUGGAGAAGGCGGAAGCGGCAUUGCGGCGUGCUGAGAUGAAAGAGAGCACAACCGCCGCGACACCCAAUCCACCUGCUCCUACAGGAGAACUCGUCGACGUCUCGUCCACCGCGGAUCCCACAGGCUCCGACGAUGCCACCUCAUCCUCUGGCUCGUCCACAAGUUCCGAUUCCGACUCCGAUACGGAUUCCGAUGCGAGCUCUUCUGAUGCAGAUUCCAUUCCCGAAGUGACGAGCGCGAAACAGGCGUCUCGUGCCCGUGCGUCUCUUUCGCUCGAGUCGCGGCCGGCACGACCUCACGCCCCCCAACUCUGCAAACACUUUGUUAAGUACAAAACUUGCAAGUGGGGUCCGAGCUGUCGCUAUUCGCACGACUUGACUCGAAAGGAUGGGAGAAGCGACACGCGGACUUCCACGAGUCUACCCAAACAGCCAACGACCACCGCGGCUGGCAAUAUCAGGAGGAAAGGUCUGUGGCAGGUCAUGGUGGACAAGGAGCAAGAAGAGAGUCGGAGACGACUACUGAGUGCCAUCAUUGCCCUGGGAGAGAAGGGAGUGCUUGAGGAUCCGUCACAGAAGGCAGAAGGCACCGUAUAA